AUGAUCCGAAUCGCCCUCCUUCUCCUCCUCACCAGCCAGGCUGCGGCCCACGGCUACAUCAAGACCUUCACCCUCGACGGCACAGACCACGAGGGCUUCCGCAACUGGAACCCGUCCCCCUCCCCCUCGGCGAUCGGCUGGCCCUUCACGACGCCAGACGAAGGGCCAGAGCUCGAUCCCGCAAGCCCGGACAUGAUCUGCCGCCGCGGCGCCACCCCUGCCGCGAACCCCGGCACCGUCACCGCAGGGUCUACCAUGCUCAUCCAUUGGACAUCAGCCGACCCCGUCCUCAGCCCCGAAGGGUGGGCGCACUCGGGCCCGACGCCGACGUACCUGGCCCCCUGCCACGGAAGCUGCGCCGAGGUCGACAAAAGCACGCUGCGGUGGACCAAGAUCCAGGAAAGCGGCCUCGUCUCGGGCCCGGCCAACGCAGACGGCCUCUGGGCGUCGGACGUGCUACGCGCCAACGGCGGCGUCAUUGAAGCGACGGUGCCACGAGACAUCGCACCGGGCAACUACGUCGUGCGCUCGGAGAUUAUUGCGCUGCAUCGAUCGCAUCUUGGCGAGCCCGAGUUCUACCCACAGUGUGGCAACGUUGAAGUUUUGGGAAAUGGGCGCGACACCCUCGCUGGACGAGGUGUCAGCGCUCAGGAGUUGUACAGUAGGCAAGACGAGCAGUUGUACGCAUACUCGUUGCAGUUGAAACAGCAUGGCCUCUGCCGGGGCCGAAGCUAUAUGCUGGGCAGGUAUGGAACGAGACGGUGCCUGGACCAGUUCAUACUGACGAAAACUGCGCGCUGCCACAUUGGCGUCGCAAUAGAACGGUGA